CAUUGGCUCAAUAAGUAGGUUAGUGGCCCGCUAGUUAUUAGAUUGAGAGGAAAGUAGGUCAUAGCGAAUGUAUGCAGAUACUGCCCAGCGCCGUCCAUAUUCGCUUCAUCAUACAUGUGCUUUUCUGCCUUUUUCAUGUCCAGUGCCUGUUCGUGUAUUUCAGCAGAAGCCAGCGCUGUGACGAGACAGCUGUUCUCUGAGAGGAGGAUCGCGUCAGACAGCCUCAGGAAAUGGUGAAGGAAGAGCAGCCCUCGUCUAUCUCUGUGAUGAUCUAAUGGCAGACCAAAGAAUGGACAUCUCCUCCACAAUGAAUGAGUUCAUGUCCAGUUCCACUGACCUGAUCAGCAGCUCCAUGGGAACGCCAGGCAUGGAUUACAGUCGCAAGAGGAAGGGCAGCUUUACCGACUAUCAAAUUGAUGGAUAUUCUUUUGAAUCUGAGGCUUCAUGGAUGAGAUUCCUCAUCCCGAGCUCACAGCUCACACAAUCCCCUGAGAGUGAACGGGACAGUAUGGACACAGACAAGGAUACACAACUUGGAAGGGUUGAUCACCAGAUUAAGAAUGCGAGCAGGGAGGCUCACAGUCAGAUAGAGAAGAGACGCAGAGAUAAAAUGAACAGCUUUAUUGAUGAGCUGGCUUCAUUAGUGCCUACCUGCAACGCCAUGUCCCGCAAGCUGGACAAACUUACUGUGCUGCGCAUGGCGGUCCAGCAUAUGAAAACACUUCGAGGUGCUGCCAACCCUUACACUGAAGCUAACUACAAGCCAGACUUUUUAUCAGAUGAUGAGCUGAAGCACUUAAUUUUAAGGGCUGCUGAUGGUUUUCUAUUCGUUGUGGGCUGUGAUCGGGGGAAGAUUCUUUUUGUGUCAGAGUCUGUCUACAAAAUUCUAAAUUACAGUCAGAACGACCUGAUUGGCCAGAGUUUGUUUGAUUAUUUGCAUCCUAAAGACAUUGCAAAAGUCAAAGAGCAGCUCUCGUCAUCUGACACAGCACCACGGGAGAGACUCAUUGAUGCUAAAACUGGGCUGCGAGUCAGGACAGACAUUGCCCCUAGCCCCUCCAGAUUGUGCUCGGGGGCCAGACGCUCCUUCUUCUGCAGAAUGAAGUGCAACAGGUCCCUUGUCAAAAUGGAGGAAAAAGAUUUUUCCUCGACUUGCUCCAAAAAGAAUGCGGAUCGCAAGAGCUUCUGCACCAUCCACAGCACUGGAUAUCUGAAGAGCUGGCCGCCCACUAAGAUGGGCUUAGAUGAAGACAAUGAGCCUGAUAACGAAGGCUGUAAUCUCAGCUGCUUAGUGGCCAUUGGCCGAUUACAUCCUCAUAUUGUCCCGCAACCUAUGAAUGGAGACAUCCGGGUGAAGCCGACAGAGUAUGUCUCGCGCCAUGCCAUUGAUGGGAAGUUUGUCUUUGUGGACCAAAGGGCCACGGCCAUUCUUGCUUAUCUACCUCAAGAGCUGCUGGGCACGUCUUUCUAUGAGUAUUUCCAUCAGGAUGACAUCGGACAUCUUGCUGAAUGCCAUAGACAGGUACUGCAGAUGAGAGAGAAGAUCAACACUAACUGUUACAAUUUCAAGAUUAAAGAUGGCUCUUUUAUAACUUUAAGAAGUCGCUGGUUCAGUUUCAUGAACCCUUGGACCAAAGAAGUAGAAUACAUUGUCUCAACUAAUACAGUCGUCUCGGGAAGUUCACUUGAGGGAGCAGAGCCUCACUAUCCUCAGCUCACUGCCUCCCCCCAGAGUAUGGACAGUGUCCUUACAGCCGGUGACGGCUCAGGGAAGACUGUCCCUGGAAUCCCUGGAGGCACAAGACCCGGAGCAGGAAAGAUUGGACGCAUGAUCGCGGAGGAAGUGAUGGAGAUCCAAAGGAUAAGAGGCUCAUCCCCCUCUAGUUGUGGUUCAAGCCCCCUCAACAUCACCAACAGCACACCCCCUCCUGAUACAUCAUCCCCUGGGGGCAGGAAGAUUUCAAAUGGUGGAACUCCAGACAUUCCCUCUGCAGGGAUGAUGUCAGGCCAGGACAGCAUAGGAUAUCCUUACUCUAACAGCUCUAUUUUAAGUGACAAUUCACACAUUGGUAUCGGUGACAUCAUGGACGAGCCAGGCUCCAGCAGCCCCAGUAGUGAUGAGGCUGCCAUGGCGAUCAUCAUGAGUCUGCUGGAGGCGGACGCAGGCCUGGGAGGUCCUGUGGACUUCAGUGACCUGCCCUGGCCUCUGUGAGAACCCAUAAUGUGUACAACCUGACAUACUGUAUCCAUCUCGUUUGUGUUCGAACCAGCCAAUGACUUUGACAAAAAUCAAUGUGUGGACAGUUUUUUUUUUUUUUCUUUUUGGUGACGUUACGUUUGUUUUUGUCACAAUGCCUCAGGUAGCUCCGCCCAUAGCAAAAUCUCACUGGUCCACAACCCCAUUCCACAGCUGUAUAUUCCAACGUGUCAAAGAAGUGAUCUUGUCACUGUUUCACUUUCAUUGAGGACAAAAAAAAAGACUUCUCGCACCUGGAUGUGACGGCGUUAGAUCGCUCAACAUCCUACAACACGCCAUUAUCAGGGCAAGGAUAUUGUUUUAAUCACAGAAUGGAGCACACGUGUCAGUUCCACAAACUAAAACUAACAACCACAAAUCCUGUUAGAGAUGAUUUCUAUAUGCAUCUCUCAACAUUUAUUUUUCUGUGUUUCUGCAUAUUUACUUACUAAAAAAAAAAUGUGUAUCAUAGAUAUGUGUAUUAUAACAUGUACGAAUUACUUUAUCUGAAUGUAUAUGAUUUAAAUGAACGAAAGGGCAGUGACUUUUUAAAAUAAAAAGUAUUAUUUUUCUUUUUAUAGAAAAGUA